AAACCCAUGCUUGACCAAACUAUGGUUCAGUUGUUCAUUUUGUACGUUAGUUAUUUAGUUGUAGCUCCGGCAUGGGUUUUCGCUGAUGACGAGUGCUCCAAGUUACCUUUAGAGUUAGAAAAUACACCCAGGGACUGUUGCCAGCCUCCAAAGUUUGCAGAAAAUUUGGAAAACAAUUGUGAAAAUGCUACCAAUAUUUUUUGCCAAUACGAAUGCACCUUCAAUGAAUCACGAAUUUUACAAAAUGAUGGAGUGAAGACAACCGAUUUGAAGGCUCAUUUUGACCUCGAACUGAAAUCAGAUCCUGACUAUAUUCCAAUUGCUAUAAAAGCCGUGCAGACGUGUUAUACUUUAGUUAAACAAAAAAUGGGAAACAAGGAUCAGAUUGUUGGCGGUUGUAGUGUUUUGCCCUCAUUGGUAGCAACAUGCACAGAUAAUCAAAUUUUCGUCAACUGUCCACCCAAUAAAUGGAAAACAGAUCCCCUAUGUGAAGCCGCGAAAGCGUUCUUGAAAAAAUGUCCCGUAAGAAAUUUUCCCAUAAGUAACUAAUCCGUAAAUUUCGAAUUCAAAGUUAAGUUGAGCUGAUUGUUUUGAAGUGUUUAUGUUUGCAUUAAUAAUUGUUUAUCAUUAAAUUGUGUAAAAUAAAUAAUCCAAAUUAUG